UGUAACAAAUUCAGCAUAGUUUGGAAUGUGUUUUGAGUAGGGAAAAAUGUCUGGAAAUGAGGAGGAUCCCGUUGAGGUGAUGCUAAAGAAAACCGGCUGUAUUGAACUUCACUACAAAGUUCAGGAGUGCAUUGCAGAGAAGCAAGAUUGGCGCCAGUGUCAAGAUUGCGUACAGGAAUUUAAGGCCUGCAUGAGCAAAUACACAGAGCAGCAGCGAGAAAAGUACAAGAAGCAGUAGAGAAGAUGUUGUGGAGGGUCCUCAAUCGUCAGGAUGUGCCAAAAGCCCUCAAAAUGGUCCUCGUUGUUCGGGGGGAUUUGCGAUUGUCCAAAGGAAAAACAUCCAGUCAGUGUGCUCAUGCAGCAGUCAUGUGCUUCGAGGAGAGUCUCUCCACACGGCGCCCCUUUGUGGAUGCUUGGAAAUUGCAGGGACAACCAAAAGUUGUUCUCAAAGUUGAAAAUGAUGAGGAAAUGAAGAAACUCUAUCAAAUGGCAAAAAAGCAGAAAAUUGUUGCUUGUCUCGUGCACGAUGCCGGCCGCACUGAAAUCCCAUCGGGUACGAUGACUGUGCUGGGACUUGGACCAGAUUGUAGUGAAAAAUUGAGGGAAAUUGUAGGAAAAUUAAAAAUUCUAUAGAUUUUUUUUGGAGGAUUUGCAAUUAAUGUAAAUAAAUUAAAAUUAUGUAGUUUUCAAAAUGAAAUAUUAAAAACAUUUUACGCAAUUU